AUGGUUACUUCUUCAUCUAGCAUCCUUUGUAAUGCCGGCGAAUCAGACCUUUGUCGCGAUGCUUCCGCUGCGUUUCUACUUAAAUUAGUAGCCAUUGCAUCCAUUCUAUUAGCUGGAGCUGCAGGUGUAGCUAUUCCACUUAUUGGCAGGAACCGCCGGUUCCUUCAAACCGAUGGUAGUCUCUUUGUGGCUGCUAAAGCCUUUGCAGCAGGUGUGAUUCUCGCCACGGGGUUUGUUCACAUGUUGGCGGGUGGCACGGAAGCUUUGACCAACCCGUGUUUGCCAGAAUUCCCUUGGUCCAAGUUUCCUUUCCCAGGGUUCUUUGCAAUGGUUGCUGCUUUAAUCACUUUGCUUGUGGAUUUCAUGGGGACGCAGUACUAUGAGCGUAAGCAAGAGAGGGAAGCUACUGAGUCUGAUGAACAGCCUGGUCGUGAACAAUCACCGGGUAUUGUUGUUCCAAUGGCUGCUGAAGGAGCAAGCAUUGAGAAAGUGUUUGGAGAAGAAGACAGUGGCGGGAUUCAUAUUGUUGGCAUUCAUGCUCAUGCUGCUCACCAUAGACAUAGUCACCCUUCUGCUCAUGGUUCAUGUGACGGACACCUAGUGGAGCUAGGCAUGUCGUUGUUUCUCAGGUACAAAAUCUCUAUUCCGUUUUUGUUGAUUCUUGUAGAAUUGCAAAUGUACUAUGUUCUGGAGCUUGGAAUCGUAUCACACUCGAUUAUCAUCGGUAUUUCCCUUGGAGUAUCUCAGUCUCCUUGCACGAUACGGCCUCUAAUCGCAGCACUAUCGUUCCACCAAUUCUUUGAAGGAUUUGCGCUCGGUGGAUGCAUCUCCCAAGCGCAAUUCAAGAACAAAUCAGCAACCAUAAUGGCUUGCUUUUUCGCCCUAACAACACCGAUAGGGAUAGGGAUCGGAACUGCCGUGGCAUCGUCUUUCAAUUCUCACAGCGUCGGAGCAUUGGUCACAGAAGGUAUCUUGGAUUCACUCUCAGCCGGGAUUCUUGUGUACAUGGCUUUAGUAGAUCUGAUAGCUGCAGAUUUCUUGAGUAAGAGAAUGAGCUGUAACUUUAGGCUUCAAAUUGUUUCUUAUUUGAUGUUGUUCCUCGGAGCUGGACUCAUGUCUUCCCUUGCUAUUUGGGCUUAG